CCCAAUUCAUACUACACUCUUUAAUUCUUGUUUGAGCAAUUGUUGGUCGCUAUGAAGCCUGUUAACUCGACGUCAUGAGCUGUUCCCUUCCAUUUGGCAGCAAAACGCCUCAUUGAAGACAUUUCCACCUCGGACUCAGGCUCAUGCCUCGACUCCCGCACUCCCUCCUCCUCCGCGCUCACAAGAAAUCUACACUCCUCCCCCUCGUCUUGCAAGGGACUCGCGACCUCCCAUCCGCCAUUAACGAGCUACGCUGGCUCACAGAACAUGUCCAAUCUCCCUCUCCCCCACUAUGUCCCCGAGCAUUUAGAAAACGCCUCCUCCAUCUCUGUGAAAGGAGAUCUCGAGCUGAGCCCCUGCAAUAUAUUCUCGGUUCGCAGCCUUUUGGGGAACUGGAUAUUAAAUGUCGGCCUGGUGUUUUGAUCCCACGACCAGAGACGGAGGCGUAUACAACACACCUUGCGGAGUUGCUUAUCAAUGGCUCGUUGGAUGAGCAACUCUGUUUACCGUUCAGAAGGACCCUCCCGGGACGCGGCCGCUGGAAGGCUCCCAGCCCACGAAAUGGGCUGAGCAUCCUAGACGUCUGCUCAGGAAGCGGCUGCAUCUCUCUCCUUCUUCAUUCCCUCCUUUCCAAAAGCAAUAAAUUCCCAAACAUCAAAACCCUCGGUCUAGACAUCUCCCCCAAAGCCGUGGCACUCGCAGACGAGAAUCUGGCCUUCAACAUCAACAGAGGACAUCUCCCCGCUUUUCCCCGGAGCAAAGAGCAAGAUGAGGAACUCAAACAAGCACUACAAGGAAAAAUCCCCGGCUAUAAGAGGAGAUCUCACCUCAAAGGCCACAAACUCCUCCAGUACCUAAAAAAGCAAAAAGUCAAAGACGAGCGUGUUCUUGGCAUUGAUCCUACCGCACCAAUCCAGUUCCGAGAGCAUGACAUCUUCACAUCACUCCUGCGCCCUCUUGGGGAUUUCAACAUCAUAAUCAGCAACCCACCGUACAUCUCCCGCUCUUCCUUCCUUUCCACCACCUCUCACUCGGUACAGAAAUACGAACCUCGCCUCGCGCUCGUUCCCGAAGCCACUUACUCGCCCGGAAGCGAAAGGUGGAUUCAGAGAUAUAUGAAUUGGAAAGCCAGACGGAAAGGCGAUGCGGAGUUAGCUGAAGACGCCGAUAUCUUCUACCGCCAAUUGCUCCGCAUCUACGACCGGAGCUCCUCUUCGGUCCUGUUGAUGGAAGUUGGUGAUCAGGAACAGGCUAUCCGCGUCACCAAACUCGUGGUUCUGAGGAAAGAUAUCGGGAAGACGAAUAGGGUUGAGAUUUGGCGCGAUUUUCCAGCUCAGGAAGCGCAGCCCGGCGAGGAGCAAGAGGUGGAGGUUGAAGGGAGGGUGAUCCCUGUGAAUGGAGCGGGCAAGAUGAGGAGUGUCGUUUUGUUUCGCGUUGAAGAAGAGAAGAUGGAAGUUGGGAGAGAAAACAGGGCUACCAGAGAUUCCGGGAUAUGAGAAGUUGAAGGAGAAGUUCGGGAAGCAGGAGAAAAUGUUAAGUCGAGGAACGGGCAAGCGAGGAAGGCGGCGAAAUGGGAGACGUGGCAGGAGCGUGCGAAGCAGAGGGUAGAGAAGAAGGGAAGAAGUGAGAGGGGAGAUCUGUCGUGAGUUUGUACGAAUUGCUGGUGGAAGAUUGGUAGUAUUAGACUCUGUGAUCAUUCUCGCAAUGGGAGGAUCGCUGUGUUGUAUUUUCCUGUUCAAGAGACAGACUUUGCACGUCUGUGCAGGAUCGCAAGGGAAAUGUUCUGGUUUCACAAUAUGGAUCUGUUGAAUAUAGUACUCUUGUCAGUCAAGGACUCACGAGGCUGAAGCAUGGCCGUGGCUGCCCAUGCACUGCAAUUUUAGUGCACAAAAAGGCGAGGAAAGGGAAGGGCU